CUUUGGACAGUCAGUACAAUGACAGGUUUAUGUUGCAAUGCACGUUGCAUUCGGAGGAAACUUUGUUGGUAAACAUUGGCGGUUCGUAGAUAAUAAAUUUGUUUGUGGCUUCCGGUAAUGCACUUUGAACAAUAAUGGAUACGGAGGACUUAUGCCGAACAUGUCUGGAAACGGAAAACCCUCUGGUUCCCCUGUUUGAGGAGGGCAAACCGAGUGUGAUUUCAUCGGAGAGCGGAACACUUGUGGACUUGCUUAGGAGCCUCAGCGGAAUCGAGAUAUCAUCCGAUGACGGCUUACCCUUGCAAAUAUGCACAUUUUGUAUAGGAGAACUUCAGCGAUUGCAAACAUUCAAACUGAAAUGCCAGAAGUCCGAAACGACACUUUUGAAGUUGAAAGAAGCGAAACUUCUCCUGGUCCGCUUAACAGAAGGCACGGCAGAUAGUUCCAAUGUUGACAUGAAACCAAAUACAAGUUUUAUUAAAGACGAAAUCAUCGAUAUCUUAGAUGAUGAUGAAGAGGAAGACGAUGAAGGUCCGAAUGAAAAUACUAGCUACGAUGACGAUGUUCCACUUAUUGAAUCUUACGAGGCAGGAUAUGAUAUGGAUGAAGAGAUGAUCGAAAAAAUGACCAAUGAUGAUCUCGCGGAACUUUCAGGCAACAGCGAAACGAAUACAGAGGUAAUGUCCGCUGAACUCGAAUCUGUCAAUAGUGAAAAGACGAAGAAAGUUGUCAAUAACAAGAAAAAAGUCGUUAGAAAAUUUAUAACUAAAUUCGAUCCAUCGACACUAAGAGAUUUUGAAACUAGCUCCAAUGAAAAGGAAUUAAAAUGUCCAGGAUGCUCCGAGAUAUUUACAAAAUUGGAUUCGUUAAGGGCACACAUAAUGGAGAUCCACACAAAAGGUGAAGUUUGCUACCUUUGUGAUCCAGCAUCGGGUCUACAAGUCACUGACAUUUGGAAGCAUUGCAUUGAUCACCUUCCUAAGAAACACAUGUGCCCCGCAUGUGGGAAACGAUUCAUUAAGCGAACCUACCUGCGGGCUCAUAUGAAACUCACCCACUCUGGAUUACGACGGGAGAUCUUCCACUGUAAAUUGUGCUCGAAAACAUUUAAAACUCGCUCGGGGAUCAGUUACCAUCGACAGGUUGCCCACGCCGUGGAAAAACCAUACGCAUGUGAGAUUUGUUCAGCUCGUUUUGCACAUAUCAAACUCUUGCGGCUUCAUAUGUUAAGCUAUCAUACGGAUGGCCCGCCAAAGUGCAAAUUUUGUGGUCAAUGCUUCAACGCUUAUUCAACAAUGAUCAAGCAUGUUCGUCGCCAGCAUAGCGGCGUAAACAAACAAAGAGUCACCAAUGCUAUGCAGAGCUCCUUCAAAUGCGCCAUUUGCUCGCAACAGUUUGCUGAAAAACAUACUCUCGAAGCGCACGUCAUAAGUAGCCACACAAACUUUCGGCAAUUCAAAUGCACUCAUUGUCCGUUCUCGUUUAAAUUCAAAUCCGUUAUGGGCAUACAUAUGAGUACUCAUCACCCAAAUGCUGUGACGGAAGAUAUCUCAACCGACUGUGAAAUUUGCUCGAAAUCUCUUCGUUCUCAAGAUAGUUUAGCCACACAUAUGUCAAACGUCCACACGAAUACCCGCCCCUAUCUAUGCGUAUUCUGUUCAUACUCAUUUAAAAUUGAAUCUAACUUAGAGAGUCAUAUCAGCAACAUACAUUCGCAGAGGGUCGGUCAUAUUGAAUAUAAAUGUGAUGAGUGCGACAGUUUGUUUUACUCUCGAGACAAUUUAUUGGAACAUAAGGAACUUACGCACAAUACAAACGUACAGGCGGCUGGAAAUUCGGAAGGCAGCUACGAUGCGACUGAUUAUAUUUUUCGAACAAUGUUUGAAUGAAGGGCACAAUAGUUAUUGAUAUUUUAGCUUUGAUAGCUAAUGUUGAAAACAUUCCUCUAAAUUGUAAUAAUAAUUUUAACAUUUUUUUUUGUAAUAAAAGCAAAUAUGUUAGCCGUAGGAAACAAAAUUAAGAAUAAAAGUUUAAAUUCUUCCACA